AUGGCUUCAACGAGCAGUGCAGUAAUUGAGGAACCUAUUAACAGUGUUAUACCUGAAAGGAUGCAAGAUCAAAUCAGUACAAUGUGGACUACAGAAGAGCUGCAGCAACUUGUAGGUAGGGUGAAGGAGAUGAACUGGCUAAUCAAUAAACUUUCUUCUGGUGCCAAUGAAAACGAAAAUGUUAUAUCAGUUUAUGGCAUGAGGGGAAUUGGAAAGACCACCCUUGUGGGGAACGUCUAUUAUUGUGAUGAUGUCGUCCAAAACUUUGCACACGGGGCCUGGGUGCGCAUGUCCAAUCGUCUAAAGCAAGACGAGCUACUCCACAACGUGCUCCAGCAUUUCAAGUCAGAUUAUAGGACCUACUCAUCGGUGAGGCCAUCACAAGAACUGAAGAGGGAGCUAGCUGAAUUUUUUGAGAUAAAUAGGCACAAGGGCUUCAAGUGCCUUCUUGUUAUUGAUGGCCUCUCAAGCACUGGAGAAUGGGAUUUGGUUAAGUCGUCCUUAUUUGUUGAAGAUCAUAAGGACGUGCUUCGGAUAAUUGUGACCACGAGGGAACGUGAACUUGCGUACUAUUGCUCUAGGAGUGAGUCUAUGUGGAACCUCACCCGCCUACAUGAAGAUGAUGCUGCAAAGUUAUUCCAUUUAAAGGUAUUUGAUUCCGAGAAUGUUGAGUUUACCCCAGACAUGGUUGAGCAAGAAACUCAAAUACUAGAUAAAUGUGGUGGGAUUCCCAUUUUCCAAGAAGACUUACACAUAAUGCGUAGGCGGCUAGUAAAGCGAUGGAUAGCUGAAGGCUACAUAAGGGGAAUGCAAGAAUCAGAGGCUGAGGAAUUUGGGGAGAGGGUGUUCAAUGAGUUCCUGAGUAUGAGCAUCAUCCAGCCAACCAAAUACACAGCAAUCACAAGUGGAAGGGUUAACAGUUGCAGUAUCCACCCCUUAAUGCUACAGGUCAGCACAUCGAAAGCAAUGGAGGAGAAGUUGGUGUGCAUGCUUGACAAUCAUAACAACGCUAUGGCCUUGGAGGGCACAAUAAGGCAUGUGGUUGUGAGGAGGACAUGGAGGAGGGAUUAUGAAGAUGAAUAUAAGGCCAUGAACCUUUCUUGCGUUCGCUCACUCACAGUCUUAGGUGAGUGGCGGUCCUUUUUUCUGUCGCCUGACAUGAUCAUGCUAAGAGUGCUUGACUUGGAAGGUGUGGUAGGUCUAACGGAGCCUGAUCUCGAUCACAUUGGGGAGUUCCGGCACCUCAAGUACUUGGGUCUCAGGAGCACUCGUGUUAAAUCUCUACCCAAAUCACUUGGCAAACUUCAAGAUCUUGAGACACUGGAUAUCAAAUUCACGUACGUCAGGGUACUGCCAUCCACUAUAGUUCACCUUGCAAGGCUACGUGUUCUCCGUGGUGGACUCUUCAGUGCCUUUACUGCUCCAGAAACGGAUGACCGAAUUGGUGGCGAUACUGGCUUGCAUAUCCGCAAGGAUAUAGGGAAGCUAAGAUCUCUGAACACAUUGGGUAUCGUGAGCAUCAGAGUGCAAGACGGGCUAGUUAUUCGGGAGUUGAAGAAGCUGACACAACUACGGAGGUUAAGUUUGGUCGGCAUUACUAACGAAAAUGAGCGAGACUUGUGCUACACUCUGCAGCAUCUCAGCAGCCUGCAGUCUUUGACGCUGCGCUCGGAUGAUCCGGAUGGUUUAUCUCGAAGCUUGGAGCUAUCCUUCUUGCCACAGCCUCUGGAAUGCCUUCAAGUUCUCAAGCUCCACGGUCGCCUCUUCAGCCUUCCAAUAUGGAUCUCGCGUGUACCUUACCUGUCCAAGUUGUACCUGCACAGUACGAGGCUCCGGGGAUCAUCCGACGACAUGAAUGUCCUUGCAAAUGUUCCUAACUUGAGUACCCUACUUCUACUUGCUGAUUCCAUUGUGGCGCACGAGCUAACAUUCCGAUCUGCUGGGUUUCGAUUGCUUGAGCUGAUGGAGGUCGCCAAUCUGGGGGAUGUGAGGUAUUUAUCAUUCAAAACAAGAUCAAUGCCUAUGCUGAAAACGAUCCAGAUUACCUGCUGUAAUUAUCUCAAGGAGCUGUCAGUCGAAGCAGGCGCGUUGCAUAGGCUCGAGGCUUUCCAAGUUGAAGGCUGCUACGGCCUAAGGUCACUGUCCUUAGCAGGUGCAGGAAUAAAACUGCCUAUGCUCAACAAGUUCCAUGUUGGUGCUUGCCAUCAUCUGGCAUUGCUAGCAUUUCGAGAGGGAGACAUGCCAAACCUCGAGACACUCCUAGUCAGCCGAUCCAAGAACCUGUCCGUGGAGUUCGAAGCAGGAGCAAUGCCGAGGCUCAAGACGCUUCGAGUUUCUCGCUGCAGAAAACUGGAAUGGUUGCCGUUGGACGUCUCAGCUGGUCAUAACAGAGGGAUGUCAAGCUCACCGGUCGAAGCUGGAGCCAUGCCUAACCUCGAGAUACUCCAAAUUGAAGAUUGCCAUGGGCUGCAAAGAUUGUCAUUUACAUGCGGAGCAAUGCCUAAGCUUCUGACUCUCCGAGUUGAGAAGUGCGGUAAUCUCAUGGAGCUGUCGUUCAAACAGGGAGCAACAGCGAAGCUCGAGACGCUCCAAAUUAAGGACUGUGGUAUGUUGACUUUGGGUGCGUUAUCUGGACUGCAGCAUCUCAACAAUCUACUAAGUUCCAGUGUCAUCCAGUGA